AUACAACACUCCUCCAGCAGCUCCUGAAGUUCCCUCCGCCCUACACUAUAACGCUAUACGCUAUACGCAACCACAUCCGACUACUCGUACCCGACCGCAUACCCUCACACCCGCGACGUUCCUUUCUUCCUCGCCCCCGCGUCCAGUUCCUCCAUCUUUUCACCCAGCAUGCCCCGAGACUACGUUUUUGUCAAAGAAAAUCUAGACAGAAGUGUAGAUGUGUGCUGCUCAGACAUACCAUACACCUAUGCUGGUGAAGUGUAUAAGACCGAGGAUGUUUGUCUUAUCAGCUAUCGCAAUCCUGGUGAGGAUGACAGGGAGCAUGCUAUCGCAGUCUUGCGUAAUUCUGGAGACAGACAAACAAUUGCUCAAGUACUUGACGCGUACGGUGUCCGAGAACGUGACCCGCGGGCAGGCCUACUGUUCCACUCAUGUGAACAACGCACCGUUGUAUACAUACUCAAGGAGUCUGAGCGAACUAUCAUGUUCAGAGACAGAGGCAGCUGGCACAUCGAACCAAACAACUACGAUGUUAAAGGUCAGGGAUGCGAACUAUGCCAGCCCUAACUAGACCCUCGCAGAUCUGGUAAGUUGCAGGGGAAUUUGUGGCACCUACUCCAUCUCCUCCGCUGUCGUAUUAUCCCACUUCUCCGCCAACUUCCUAAAAAUCUCAUUCUGUGCGUUAGCAACAGUACUCUCUUUCUGUAGUUCUGACCUUUUCGAUGCUACACCUAAACGUCCAUCGUUUUCAACCGUCAUUCAACGUAGAGCUUCGAAAAUUCUUGCAUUCGAUAGCCCUUGACGGCGGUUCAAUACUCUGUUUUUGAAUUUCUCUAUGCAUGCCUGUAUGACUUGCUUCAGAUGUGCCCUUUUUGGCUGCAAGUCCCCCGCGACUCGCCCCGUUUGACGCGACUUCCGACCUUGAAUCGAUUUGCCACCUUGGCGAAGCUCUCUUUGGGACGCGCUCGCUUGAAUUGGACUGCCGAGUCGAUUGGAUCAGCCAUUGUCGAGGUGCGUGGAAUGA